CACGUAUAGCGUCCGAUUGUAACCUCCUGCCGGAUUUCUUCAUCAUAACCCGGCUCGCCGGCACUUCCCGUGGCGCCAGUGAACGCCAAUGAACGCCAAUUGAGAUGCUAUUAUCUUGACAAGGCGUUUCCGCCGAAGCCACGCAGAUCUAAAACAGCACGGACGCUUUAGGGACGCCGCAUCUAAGAUCCCUUGUAGUACGUACCUGGUCUUUCAGCCCCUUUCCGUCGUAUUUGUAGCAAAACAAAUCAGCCUCUCGAUCUAAAUCUAUUACUUAUUUCGGACCCCGCGGCCAACCGUCAACCUCGACAUUCCCAAAAAGGCACUAUAGUACAGUGAACACUGAACAGAUCUACCUCAGUCAACUAUAUAUCCUGUUGAUGGAUCACCGAUAAGUAUACUAUUAUUAAACAUCGAAGUCUCGUUACCGGGUCGCAGGUGGCGGCGUGUCGCGUAGCUGACGCGAUACGAUACCCGUGCCGUGGCGUUGUAACGAUGACAUCUACACUACUUUCACCAAGCACCCGACGGAAACUGGAUGAGUCUAUACCACCCCUACUCAGACCACUCAUUCGGGCCUAUGUCCUAGGCUACGCUUCUGCUGUAGCACCAAGGCUCCUCACGUUGGUGCUACAAUAUGUAACUAGAAGGAGGAAAAACAAGGGUGUUGCGAGUGCCAUUCGGCCCCACGACUCCUUCAUCACAUCCCUGCAACGUAUCCUGCGUGGGGGACUAGAACUUCAGAGAUUCCCAACCUUCUGUGCUGCCCUCGUAGGCGGAACUACGUUACUAGAGGUUUUGCUUGGUACAGCUUUUAACCGUCUUCUAUCGACGAGCCAACUUACAUCGUUGACCCGAAAAAGACUUUUAACCUGGUUGUCGUCUUUCAUCUCGGCUUGGCUAAGUCUCCGAUUACUACAGUCGAAGGAGAGCGAUAGCUUUGCAGAGACCAUCGGAAUUAGCCAAGACUCGUUGGAAAAUGCUAAGCAAGAGACGAUUCGAUAUGCCGGACGAACAUUGGACUUGACAUUGUUCGCCUCAACUAGGGCUCUUGAUGUUAUAAUUGGGGAAAUAUGGUCCCGGAAGAGAUCGCAUAGGGUCACGGCCGAAAAAUGGACCCGCGGCGAAUCGCUAAUAUCUAAGUUAACCGACCCUACGAUAUUUGCGACUUCAUCCGCGUUGAUCAUGUGGGCAUGGUUCUACUGCCCUUCGAAGUUACCCAAAUCCUACACGAAAUGGAUUAGUUCAGCCGCUUCCGUAGACUCCCGGCUCAUCGAAGCGCUUCGGCGAUGUCGGAGCGGUGAACUCCUCUACGGUAAAGAGACCGGACAAGCGGGAUUGCUUCAAUCCAUGUGUGCGGACUUCAAGUGGCCGCUAGAGUGGGGCGAUCCGGCUAAAUCUAUCCCGUUCCCUUGUGAGGUUGUCCAUAUGGGAUGUGGGCCAAAUUGCGAGCACCAUGCCUUAUCCCGAUUUUAUCGAUCUUUUCAGUGGGCCAUGGCGACGUACCUCCCCGUCAACCUCUUCACUAAGAAAAGGGACCUAAAGGGUAUUAAAGCUGCCUUUAUAUCUGCGGCGCGCUCCUCGUCGUUCUUAGCUGCGUUUAUCGCACUCUUCUACUAUGGCGUGUGCUUAGCGCGAACGAGGAUUGGCCCACACUUCAUCGGAAAAGACACAGAGGCUAGACAGAAAAUUGACUCGGGUCUCUGUGUAGGGUCCGGGUGCUUCUUAUGCGGAUGGAGUGUUCUCAUCGAGAAAGCCGCCCGGAGGAAGGAACUAGCGCUGUUCGUUGCUCCAAGGGCCAUGGCUACGCUUUUACCUAGACAAUACUCUCUAGACAAGCAAUGGCGGGAGACUUUCGUCUUUGCGUUUAGUACAGCAGUUGUAUUUACGUGCGUACGCGAGAAUCCGAAACGGCUGCGUGGCGUUCUGGGGAAGGUGUUGGGGUUUGUUAUGGAAGCGCAGCCACGAUGAUCUAUUUCGCAAGUAUCCAGGUUUUACCCUAGGUGAUGUUUUCUUCUCUUC